AUGUCGACUUGGACAAAAGAGUUCCAGUACAUCGAAAAGCAGACAUGGUCCCAUAUGCUCCAGAGUGGCAGUUUCACGUUUGGAUUCUCAUCCACGCUUCAGUCCCACUCGCCAUUCAUCAGGCAUACAUCGGUUAUUUUCAUCGCAACUUGUCAACGAUAUGGCUUCUUUGACGGCGAUAAGCAUGAGCGUGAUGGCGUUCCAGAUGUUGGCGUCUGGAAAACUCUCGAGUCUCUUCUUUCUGCAAUCGCUUUCCGGCCGAUGGUAGCUACUAUAUUCGCCUAUCGAGUCGACCAGGGCCCUUUGUCGAUUCAAUGGAUGUGGCUUCCUUUUACAAUUGCCGCUUAUGCGAUCAUACUCGACUUCUGGUACUAUUGGUACCAUCGUCUGAUGCACGAAAACAUCAGGCUCUGGAGGUUCCAUCGCACGCACCACCUCACUAAACAUCCGAAUCCUCUGUUGGCUGGCUAUGCGGAUACUGUACAGGAGACUUUUGAUAUUAUGGUCAUCCUCCUCAUGGCUUUCGGCAGCAUGAACCUUCUUGGCUUUCCUAUCACCUUCUAUGAUUGGUGGAUCUGCCAGCAAUAUGUCAUUUUCACGGAGCUGCUCGGACACAGUGGACUGCGUGUUGAAGCCACCGCAGUGAAUCCUACGACUCGGCUGCUAAGAAUGUUUGAUAUGGAGCUUGUCAUUGAAGACCACGAUCUUCAUCACCGCAAUGGUUGGAGACGCAGCCAUAAUUAUGGCAAGCAGUCUCGGGUUUGGGAUCGACUCUUUGGCACAACAUUUCCCCGUGUUGAGGGUUACAAAGAGAAGAUUGACUAUGUCAAUACAGCCAAAAUUCCUCUGUGGUAA